CUCGCUGGCCUCGUCUCGUAUCAAGCAUGCGAGGUUAAGGAUGUGAUAACAGCUGUUGGAAUGCAAAGGCACUAACGCUGCGCCAUGCAGCUCUGGCGCGACUUAGUUAGCACGCACGACACGCUGCAGGUAUCUCCCUUGUGCAUGUCGGGUGGCUUUGGUGCACAGGCUGCCCCCCACAGUGCUGAUGGCACGCCCAAGACGCCACCUGAGGUUACGCCGGAUUCCACAGUUUCUCGUUGCUCUGGAGAGCUUUUCCUGGACCCCUGCGCCUUUCGCAUUAGCGGCCAAUUGCCCAACCGCCGGGCCUUGCUCUCGCUUGCUCGUGCCGCCUCGACAUGGGAUGAUCGCUGCUGUGUAUUUUUUUCCCCCUCCGCGCUCGCCCCCUACCUCUGUCUCAUCCUGUUUUAA